AUGUCUGAUUCAGACUCGGACAAUUUUGAAGAUGCUCAGGAGCAUUUCGAGGAUUUCCCAGAAAUUCGCCACAGCAAUGACAAGGACUUGAACCGAAUCAGAAAAGAUUUCCACGAAAUACUCGCCAACUUGGACUCGUCAUUUUGUUCAGACCUCGCGUUGCAUCUGUAUAUGGUGAAAAUGCUAGCUUCGCGAGACUACUUUAUCGCCAACGGACGCUUCAGUAGCUGGCCAUUACCUAAAAAACAGGUCCCAGUUCCCGUGGCAAGCAGAGAGUAUGUGGACGAGUCCAACAUACAUGGUGACGCACAAAAACGCCACAUAGUUCCGUAUCGUGAGAUCUGCAACGAAAACAAGGAAAAGCCUAAGGAGCAGUUUUUGGAGUAUGUACCGCCUGCUACAGACGCUAAAGAAGAAUUGGGGUUGCAAUUGCGAGCAGUAUUCCAGCAGAAAAUAUACAAAAAAGUGCAUGCUCACAAUCUUUCGAACGCGGCAGCACGAAUUCGAGACAAAAAUGCUCCCACAGUCAAAUAUAUUCCCGUCCUCGACCCUCCGGUAGAUCUUCCCCAAGAAGCUAAAACAGAGCUAUUUACAAAGAUCAACGACGUUUUCGAUAAGCUGAUUGAGCAAAGGAAAGCGUGUUUGAGCUCAGACAACACCGCUCCUUUGAACUGGUUGAGUGUUGCACAGCAGGCUAAAGAUCACGAUGCAAUGGGUCGCAGAGCUAGAACGUUGUAA